GAGCUGCCAAAGAGGAAGUGCAGCUUGUUUUCUUUCAUUUUCUUGAUUCCUAUGCUGUAGGAAGAUGAAAGGAGAAGGAGGAGGAGGCAACAGCGGCAGCCAAACUUAAUAAAUAAUUCUGACGAUUCCUGAUAUCAAAUGGAGGCCCCAGAGUGGGACCCACUGAAAAAUGACACCCUUCCGCCGACCCUGACGCCAGCUGUCCCUCCGUAUGUGAAGCUGGGCCUGACCAUUGUAUAUACUGUUUUUUAUUCACUGCUUUUUGUGUUCAUCUACGUUCAGCUCUGGCUGGUCCUUCACUACAGGCACAAGAGGUUCAGUUACCAAACUGUCUUUCUGUUUCUGUGCUUGUUUUGGGCCUCUCUUAGGACAGUGCUCUUUUCAUUUUACUUCAAAGACUUUGUUACAGCAAAUUCUCUCAGCCCCUUCAUCUUCUGGCUUCUCUAUUGCUUCCCAGUCUGCCUCCAGUUUUUCACCCUGACCCUGAUGAAUCUUUACUUCACACAGGUGAUUUUCAAAGCGAAGUCAAAAUAUUCCCCAGAGCUACUGAAAUACAGGUUGCCCCUCUACCUGGCUUCUCUUUUCAUAAGUCUCCUCUUCCUCUUGGUGAAUUUAACAUGCGCAGUACUGGUGAGGACACAGAAUUCAGAAAGAAAAGUCAUUGUCUCUGUUCGGGUGGCAAUUAAUGACACAUUGUUUGUGCUGUGUGCUGUUUCACUCUCCAUCUGCCUGUAUAAGAUCUCCAAGAUGUCUUUAGCCAACAUUUACUUGGAGUCCAAGGGCUCAUCUGUCUGUCAGGUGACAAGUAUAGGAGUGACAGUUAUACUACUUUAUACCUCACGAGCCUGUUACAACUUGUUCAUCCUAUCGUUUUCCCAAACCAAGAAAGUCAACUCUUUUGAUUAUGAUUGGUACAAUGUAUCAGAUCAGGCAGACCUGAAAUGUCAGCUGGGAGAUGCAGGUUACAUAGUAUUCGGAGUGAUCCUUUUCAUCUGGGAGCUCUUGCCUACUUCCUUGGUUGUGUAUUUCUUCCGCGUCCGAAACCCUACAAAAGAUCUAGCCAGUGCAGGAAUGGUCCCAAGCCAUGGCUUCAGUCCCAGAUCUUACUUCUUUGACAACCCUCGCAGAUAUGACAGUGAUGACGAUCUAGCGUGGAACAUUGCGCCACAGGGGGCACAGGGCAGUUUCUCUCCAGACUACUACGACUGGAGCCAUCAGAACAACAGCUUCAUGGCUUACAUAGGAUCCCUCCAACAAGAUCCAGCACUGGAUGCAGACCGGCCAAGCCCUGUAUAACAUCAAUCAACUACAGCAUUCCAAGACAUUCCGAUAUUAAAACUGAUAUUCUGAAAAACAAAGCUUAGCAACUUUUCCUCACCUUUUUGGUUUUUAGAAGCGUUCCUAUGCACAGAAUAAAUGAAGAAUCUUGCCACGAGCUUUCCAUAGUUCAAGGAGAAGUAUAAGCUAAUGAUUUAAAGUUUGAAGACUGUUCCAAUUACUACCUUGUUCCAAGCCAUGGUGUUUUUGGCUUUGAAUAGAGUUGUUAGAAAGUAUAAUUUAAUCAUUUUUAUGCUCAUUUUAAAAGAGCAAAUUUCAUGAAGUGAAACAGCAUAAUUAUUUUCUAAGUAUUUUUAUUUUUACACUGUGUACUAGGUUAGAAAUAUAUGAUUAUGAUGAAUAUACUGUAAACACAUGAAUGGGUUUUUCAAAUGCAUGACAGUUGCAAUUCUUACAUGCACAUAAAAGCCUGUAAGGAAAAAAUGCCAACCCAAUUAAAUACUGUAUUUUCAAGUUACUGCUAGGUUCUCAGAGCACAAUUUACUCCUUAGAUAUCACUGCUUACUCAGUGUGGCAUAACAGUUGGAGGCUAAAAGUGAUCUGUACACCGCUUUCUUCUAAUAAAGUAGGAAAACUGUA